UGCGAAUCUCCAAUUUCUAAUCUCCUCCACCUCUGAGUGAUCUUCUCCUCUGUCUCAGAGUGUUCACUCGCAAUUGAAGGUUGUGAAGGCGAUCUUGGGCUUGGGGUUUCAGAUUCUUGCAGGGUGAGAGAUAUUGUGAAGAACAUUGAAGUCCCAGAAAGAGAUGGACAAGACUGUUGAAAAGGAGAAAUCAAGUAGGAAAACAAGAGAUGAGAGGGAAAGAGACAGAGAUAGGAAUAGAGAUUACAUCAAAGAUCACCGCAGAGAGUCUGACCACCACCGAGAUCAUGAGAGAGAUAGAGACCAGGAACGAGAACGAGACCACAAGCAUCGAACAAAAGACAGCCAGUUGAGAGAAUCUGAGGAGAGGCACCAUAGUGAUAAAUACCGGGAAGAGAAACACUCAUUAAAGGACAAUGACAGUGUCAAGGAUAAGGUUUCGGGUUCUCGACAUUCCAAGGAUCUUAGGCAUGGAGAUGGGGAUUGGGUCCGGUCAAGAGACUACGCACAAGAUUAUGAAUCAAAACGUGAGCAAUCUCAUGAGCUGAGGGAUGGGAGAGAGGACAAUGGGGGCCUUAAGGAUAGGGUUUUGGGUUCUCGGCACUCGAAGGAUGAUAGGCAUCGAGAUGGAGAUCGACAUCGAUCAAGGGACUACUUACAGGAUCAUGAAUCGAAACGUGAACGAUCUCACCUGCAUAAGGAUUAUGAAUCAAAGCACGAGCGAUCUAAUGAGCCGAGGGAUGGGACAGAGGGCAGCAGGGAUAGAGUCUUACAUGAAGAAUCAAUUGAGAGACGAUCAUCCACUUCGCACAAAAGAAAAGAGAGAGAAGAAAGUGAGGAGCAGUUGGAUAAGAGAGAGAAACGGGUUAGGGAUUUGGAUGUAGCAAAGGAAGAGAGGAGAGAAAAGCGGCGGUUUGGAGAUAAGGUUGUUGAUGAUUCUAAGGAUCUGAAUGGAAUUGUUAAUGAUGCGAGCAGAGAACGCAGGAAAGUCGAGGACGGAGUGGAAGAAGAAAUGAGAGAUGUGACUGGUAGGGAGGAAAGAAGAGUUAGAAGAAAGUUUGGGGAUCGACUAAAGGAAGAAGGUAUGAUGGUUGUGGAGGAGGAGAUGCAACCGGUUUCAGUUAUAAAUUCUGAGAAGAAUGAAGCUGUAGAUGAGCUCGUGGAUAAUGCUCAAAACACUGUCAGUUCAAAUGGUAGUGGUUCCAUUGGUAAUGGUGCUGCUCUGGAACCACUUAAUAUGGCAUCGAAGGUAGUGCCUGAGACUUCUGCACCCAGUCAAUCUCCUCCUAUCAAGGUAUCUUCAAUUUCCACCACCAAUGAAAAUAAGGGAGUUAGUGUUACCAGAUCUCAUGAGGUUCCUGGAAAAUCCAGUACAGAUGGGACAACUUCAGCUGUUGGCAAGAGUGGAAGUCUGUCUCUUGAUGCUUUAGCAAAAGCUAAGAGAGCUUUACAGAUGCAAAAGGAGUUGUCAGAAAAGCUGAGAAAGAUUCCAUUGUUGAAUAAAGGUGCAAGCUCAGAUGGUAGCCUACAGCUUGGUGGAUCAACAAACAAGAAGGAACCUAAAGCUCUCUUAUCAAGUGCAGCAAGGGACCCAGGAUCUAUCCCGCCUACUACUGAUACAAUAGCUUCCACUUCACAGGCAAAAUCAAGCAUAACAAAUGCGUUCACUGCUGCUACGGCUUCUGUGAAGCCGCCCAUCACUGGCGCGACUGCUGUUCCUGGGCUUACAACCAUACCUAACAUUGAAGCUGUAAAACGAGCACAAGAACUUGCUGCAAAGAUGGGAUUUCACCAGGAUCCAGAAUUUGCUCCUCUUAUAAACAUGUUCCCAGGGCACACUGCAACAGAUGUUGCUGUCCAGCAGAAGCCAUCCAAAGCCCCUGUUCUCCGUUUGGAUGCACUUGGUAGAGAAAUCGAUGAACAUGGAAAUGUAAUCAAUAUGCCUAAACUCACAAAUCUCAGUACAUUAAAGGUAAACAUCAACAAACAGAAAAAAGAAGCUUUCCAAAUUCUUAAACCUGAGCUGGAUGUUGAUCCAGAAUCAAACCCUCAUUUUGACCCUGGAAUGGGCAUCAAUAAAACCAAGCUGUUGAGGCCUAAGAGGAUGAAUUUCCAGUUUGUGGAGGAAGGCAAAUGGUCGAAGGAUGCAGAAAUAAUUAGAUUCAAGAGCCAAUUUGGAGAAGCGCAAGCUAAAGAGUUGAAGACAAAACAAGCACAGCUGGCAAAGGCAAAGGCAGAGCCUGAUAUCAAUCCAAAUUUGAUAGAGGUAUCAGAGAGAGUUGUCAACAAGGAAAAACCAAAGGACCCAAUCCCUGAAACUGAGUGGUGGGACAUACCACUUUUGCUUUCUGGAAACUAUGGCAACUUAAGUGAAGGCAGCAUCAGCGAAGACAAACUUAAAAUGGAUAAGAUUACAAUUUAUGUGGAACAUCCUCUUCCUAUUGAACCCCCAGCAGAACCUGCUCCACCACCCCCACAGCCCCUGAAGCUUACAAAGAAGGAGCAGAAGAAAUUGCGCACGCAGAGGCGCUUAGCGAAGGAAAAAGAUAGACAGGAGAUGAUAAGGCAAGGUCUGUUAGAACCUCCAAAGCCCAAAGUGAAGAUGAGCAAUCUCAUGAAAGUCCUUGGUUCAGAAGCAACUCAAGAUCCCACCAGGCUUGAAAUGGAGAUACGAAGUGCAGCUGCAGAGCGUGAACAAGCCCAUGUUGACAGGAACAUUGCACGGAAGCUCACACCGUCAGAGCGCCGUGAGAAGAAAGAGCGGAAGCUCUUUGAGGAUCCAAAUACUCUGGAGACCCUUGUGUCAGUGUAUCGGAUCAACGACCUGUCACACCCACAGACCCGCUUUAAGGUUGAUGUCAAUGCCCAAGAGAACCGUCUGACAGGCUGUGCUGUCAUAUCAGAUGGCAUUAGUGUGGUGGCCGUGGAAGGUGGCAGUAAGCCCAUCAAGAGAUAUGGGAAGUUGAUGCUCAGGCGUAUUAAUUGGGCUGCGUCUGUGGGGAAUGAAGAAGAUGAUGAUGAAAACGAAGACAAACCUGACAACAAGUGUGUGUUAGUGUGGCAGGGCAGUGCUGCUAAACCAUGCUUCAACAGGUUUCUUGUUCACCAGUGCAGGACUGAAGCUGCCGCAAGGAAAGUGUUCUCUGAUGCUGGGGUUGGUCACUAUUGGGAUCUGGCCAUUAACCAUACGGACGAGUAAGUAUACAUGGAGAAAUGGAUGAUGGGGUUUUGGGAAUCAGAAAUUAGAACAUGUUUUGGAUAGUAAGUGCUUCUUAUUAAAAGGGCGCCCCUCCUUAAUGUUUCUCGGAUCUGUAUGGCAUAUUUGGACAGAACAUAUUGCAUUGCUUAAUUAAAUUCAUCAUUCACCC